UCAAUCAUGAUUAAGGUUCCAAAUUAAUCAUCAAUCACGUCCACGACGUCCUUGUCCUCUGUGUGUUGACCUUUAAUCAAACGCUGGUUACGCUGUAGUUAAGGAAACCCCAUCAAAAGAGGAGGAAGAAGAAGAACCAUAUCCAAGUAAAGUAGAUCUCGGCUCGGAUCUUUCAAAACUUCAUGCCCCUUCAGGAAUCCAUGCAAAGAGGAAAAAAGGGUCUGUCUAUGUCGUUUUUCCAGUCUUAUUAUAGAUCUGGAUGCGCUUCUAACCUUCAGUAUUAUCGAAAACAGAGAAUAUUGUUCUAACAAAAACAAAAGUGAUCGAUCAUAUUUGCAAGAAUUACAGAGGGUAGAAAGAGAAAGCUUUGGAGAGAGAUUCGAAGAUUUGUGGUGUUGACAUGAGCAACAAGCAACAGGUUGAAUUAGACGAUGAGCAAAUCGCGGAGCUGCGUGAAAUCUUUCGUUCUUUCGAUCGGAACAAUGAUGGGAGUCUCACACAGCUUGAGCUUGGAUCGCUCUUACGAUCACUUGGUCUAAAACCAAGCCCGGAACAGCUCGAAACGCUGACCCAAAAGGCUGAUAAGAACAGCAACGGUUUGGUUGAGUUUUCAGAGUUUGUGGCGCUUGUGGCGCCGGACCUUCUUCCGGCGAAGUCUGCUUAUACAGAAGAGCAGCUAAGGCGGCUGUUUGGGAUGUUUGAUAGAGAUGGAAAUGGGUUUAUCACGGCAGCCGAGUUGGCGCACUCUAUGGCCAAGUUGGGGCAUGCGCUUACGGCCGACGAGCUGACGGGGAUGAUCAAGGAGGCGGAUACGGACGGAGAUGGCAGAAUUAAUUUUCACGAGUUCUCGCAGGCAAUAACGUCGGCUGCAUUUGAUAAUUCAUGGGCUUGAAUGGCAAAACAAUGGGGAUUUGUUUUUGUCAGGUUAGACAAAAUUUCCACGCCAACAGGUUGACGAACAAUUCCAACAUGCCCACAGAGCUACAAUUUUUGGAUUAUGCAGGGGCUGAUUACUUUCUUUCAUUCUGCCUCACAAAUGUGGCAUCCACACAUAUAUUUCCUUGUUCACAUUCCGUGUUGCAUUUUCUUCAAUCUCCCCAUUGCUUGAUAAAAGUCUUUUUUAUUUUUAUUUUUUUAAGAUAUGUAAGCCUUUUGUUUUGAUUAGUUGAUUAGUUUCAUGCCCUUUGGUUUUUGAAAUAUUGCCCAUUUUCCAAUAUUGGUGUCGUUGAUCACCAGUGUAGGAAUUUUCUUCCUUCUGUUGAAUCAAACAUACUGGAUAACUGAUAAUUAGGACUGAAGUGAUCCAAUGGCCUUACUAUUGUAUAUAAAGCACACUGGUCGGAACAUUUAUCUAGUGAAAAUUGGUUACAUUUCAUGAA